ACAGAACUGCCUCUCCGUUUAGCACUUGCAAUUCUUGAUGUGAUUGAGAAAACUCCUGAGAAUAGACCCUAUGAUUUGCUGAAACCCACGGUGAUUACGCGGAUGAAUCAAAUCUACGAAAGCCGUGUACGACGAAUUUUUUCCAGGUUAUCGUCGGAACUGUUAGCACACAUGCGGCGCGAAGUUGAGGGCAGGCAGAUUGGUGACAUGGAACUGCGUCUAGUGUAUUCCAAGUGCAUGCCGGCAAAGGUAAGGGCCCAUAUUGAGGGUUUUACUUUUAAAGCACCACUUUACGAGUUGGCCAAUUUCGCUGAUGAAAUGCUCAGGAAGUUACGGGCAGAGGAAAAAGCGGCCAGACAAUCAACGAGAUGGGAGGCGAUAAGCGUUAUCAAUUCGACUACGACUGAAAUUUCGGAAUUGGUCAAGAAGAUAUUCAACACGCGCCGACGCCGCAACCAUCAAUCCGCUUCCGACUCUGCCUCGGUCACCGACGACACGUCAGCAAGCGAGGAAGGCCAACUCACACACACACACACACUCAACCUCACUAACUCGAAACACAACACCCACCUCUUUAGCUUUACCCUCACCAACACCCACAACUCUCAUCAACCGCUACCCCGUCUCACCUCCAGCUCCUGA